AUGUGGCGGUUGAGGUACUUCACCGGCAGCAGCGGCGGCAGCAAUAAGAUCCGCAAUACCAGCACCAAUAAGAUGGACAAUAAUAGCAGUAACAAUUACAACGAUAGCAUUGACAGCAACAGCAACACCAGCAGGACCAGCAACUGCAGCUGCGGCAGCAGCAACAGCAGCUGGACCCAGAGCAGCACGAGGAGCGCCAGCAGUAGAAACUGUACGCUGAGCCUCAGAAGCUCCAGCAACAUGGCGUUGCAGCAACAGCUGCACCAGAAAGCAAAACCGCAGCACGAGAUGCAACAAGAGUUGCAGCAGGCAAGGAUGCAGCAGCACGAUUUGCGGCAGUAG